AUGGAAAUCAGCCUGUUGGGGUUUCUUCUCUGGUGCUUCCAUCUGGAACUCCUGUGGGCAGCUGGGAUCUUCCAACAUCAACGCUCAGCUCCGCCCAAAGCGAGGACACCUGAAGCAAAGGAAUGGAUGCCUUCCUUCUUGUCUUCUCUGGCCCCACCUUUCACUUGGGUGCCCACCCCAAACUUGGAUAAGGCCGAUCCUGAGGGGUCAGAGGCAGCUGUGGCUUUCUUGUACUCUGGGGAUGUGUUGCGUCUCUCACAAGCCAACUGUACUCAGAGAUUUGAGGUGAGGGAUGUGGGGAAGGCCUCUAGCCCUCCUCCAGCCUUGCGUUCUGCUUUGCGCAGUGCUACCGACACCCUAGCCCAUGCUACCAAUUUUCUCAACAUGGUCUUCCAGACCAAUGACAUCCGUGAGUCGAGCGUAAAAGAUGAUGUGGAAUGGUACCAUGCUUUGGUCAGAAGUGUCAUGGAAGGAGAUUCCCAAGUGUACCGAGCCAUGCUGACCUUUGAUGCUCACCUGGUGUCUUCCAAACCCCAGAUGAUGCUCCAGGCCACCAAGGAGAACAAUGAGAUAUUACUCCAAGAUCUCUCAGCCUCUGCUGAAAGCUUGAGGAACCUGACUUGGGAAAAUGAGUGGUACAAUUUCUUCCGGUUUCAGAAGGCCCCAAUGCUCUUCAAGCGAAUCCUCAGCAAUGAUCUCAAGACACUGGACACCCCCAAAUGGCACCAGGGAGACAGCUAUGUGAUGGAUACAGACCAUAUCAAAUGGUCACCACCUUUCCUGGAAUGUGAGGAUGGGAGAUUCUUGCCCAAUUGGAUGGUCACACUCUCCUCUUCCUUCUAUGGCCUGAAGCCUGAUCUGAAACCAGAAUUCAAGGGGGUCGUGAGAAUGGAUGUUAAAAUCCGGAACAUUGAUAUAAACCAAUGCACCAGUGGACAGGGAUGGUUUGCAAACACACACCAGUGUGAUCUCAACAGCACAAAGUGCAUUCCACAGGAAAACCAGGGCUUCAUUCUUGGAAGAUAUCUUUGCCCUUGUAAACCAGGUUUCUACCGAGCAAGCAGGCCCUUCUCUUCCUCCUCCUCCAGUAAUGGCUGGUCUGGGAAAAGUUCUUCUCAAUAUGCAGGCCAAUAUGGGACAGUGGAUCCUGGAUAUUUGCUGGAGUGUCGUCCCUGUCAGGAGGGAUGUACCACUUGCAUCGAUGACACCCCAUGUUUGAUCAAAGAAGAUUGGUCUUUGCGGGCUGCCAUACUGGCUUUCCAGGCCUUCUGCAUGCUGGCAGUCUUCUUCAGCAUGCUGGUCUCCUACCACUUCAGGAAGAGCAAGAGGAUUCGGGCUUCAGGUGUUAUUCUUCUGGAGACAAUACUCUUUGGCUCGCUCCUUCUCUACUUUCCUGUGUUCAUCCUCUAUUUCAAGCCAAGCAUCUUCCGCUGUAUUGUCCUGCGCUGGGUGCGUAUGCUGGGUUUUGCCAUUGUGUAUGGAACCAUUACCCUCAAACUGUACAGGGUCUUAAAGGUCUUUCUCUCCCGCACAGCCCAGAGAGUCCCUUACAUGACCAGUGGGCGGGUUCUCAAGAUGCUGGCUUUGAUCCUGCUGUUGGUACUUUGGUUCUUAGCAGCCUGGACCAUUGGGAUGUUGCAGAACAUAGAGAAGAACAUCCCACUGGUGGUCAGAGCCCAGACGCCUAAUGGCCUCCAGUUCUACAUCUGUGACCAUGAUCGUUGGGACUACAUGAUGGUUGUGGCGGAGAUGCUGUUCUUGUUCUGGGGAAGUUUUCUCUGCUACGCCACACGGACCGUCCCUUCUGCUUUCCAUGAGCCACGCUACAUGGGUAUCGCCCUCCACAAUGAGUUGAUUGUUUCUGCCGCUUUCCAUGUUGUCAGGUUUUUAAUGGUUCCCUCCCUGCAUCCAGACUGGACAUUGCUGCUGUUUUUUAUUCACACGCACAUUACGACCACAUUGACAUUGGCACUUCUUUUCAUCCCAAAGUUCCUGCACGUGGGGUCGCCCUUGCGGGAGGAAAUUGCCGCCGAGGUGUAUGAGGAUGAACUAGACAUGAGGCGUUCGGGCUCCUACCUGAACAGCAGCAUCACAUCAGCCUGGAGCGAACACAGCCUUGACCCCGAUGACAUUCGGGAUGAACUGAAAAAGCUUUAUACGCAACUGGAAGUUCAUAAGACCAAGAAGAUGACGGCCAAUAACCCUCACCUUCAAAAGAAGAGGAGUUCCAAGAGGGGGCUUGGCCGUUCCCUCAUGAAGCGUAUCACCGAGAUCCCUGAGUCUAUGACCCGCCAGUGCAGCAAAGAGGAGAAAGAUGGGUCUACCAGUGGAGGCGGCGGGAGUCGCUCAGGCUCCUACAAACGAAGGCACGUGGACUCUGGUAGCUCAAGCAUGAAGCUGAAAGAUGACUUCUCUUCCAAGAGCAAGGUGGCCUCAUCAAUGAAGAAGUCCCACAGCACCUAUGAUCACACCAGAGACGCCAAGGAGAACAACAUACCAGCCAGGCAUGAUAGCUGCAAAGAGGCUCCUUUGUUAGAUUCACUGAUGAGGAAAAAACUAGCCAAGAAAGCUUCAGAGAGAUCCAGUAGUGACUCUCUCGAUGAUUCAGCACCUUUGGUCUACAAAUCAGCCAGCGCUCACAACCUAUCGGCCAGUAAGAAACCUCUGCACCCCAAGCCUUCCCCCCUGCAGAAAUCCCUCAGUGUUGCCACCAGUGCCAAAGAGAAGGCCUUGCUGCUCACUAGCAGAGCUUACUUAGAAGACUGUAGAAGGCAAAGCCAAGACAAAGAGAAGAGAGCAGCAGGAGACUCCACAACAGAAAGUGACGCCUCUGGGCACACUGAAAUGACUGACAUCGCCUCAGAUCUAGUGGUGAAACAGCUACAGAGGGAUGACGCAUCUGAAAGAACUGUUAACUCCCUUCUGGAAGAUAGCAGCUCCGUAAAGGAUACUGCACAGCCGUUGGAAGCUGUCACGGCCCCAUCAACUCCCUCAGAAAGCAGGAUGCAGAAACAUGUUACGUACACCACCAACAGGAGUUACAGCGUCCACAUCUCCAAUUUGGCGGAGAAGAGAUACCAGGCUGGCAAGAAGAUGCCACCUGAGCCUCCCAUUCGGCAACAAAGCUUAGGUUAUAGCCUUGAAAGAAGAGACCAAACACAGACUCUAGCUCAGUCCUUGAGAGAUUCCAAAGACAGUCCAGUGCUGGUCAGUGUACACCUUCAGGAAACGACAGAGUCUCCAGCAAAGAGUGAGAUGGGAAGAAGUAGGCAAGCAGCAGAUGACACACCACUUCCUUCUCCCAUUGGCCUACAAAGGCUGGCCUCCAUUGCUGCAGAAGUCUGCCCUUGGGAGGUCAUGGAAGUACCAAGCAAAAAAGACCCACAAGGGAGUGAGCUAGAGAGUCAGGAUGACUCUCCAGAGAAACAACCCCCUCAGGUCUCCAUUCCAAAAAGCUCCAUGAAAAGCUUAACUCUGGCCAUUAAGGCAUUCAACCGGUCACGGAUAAAGGCAAGCACUAGAGCAAGGAAGGAUAGCGAAGAAAGCCCAAGAAAAAAUGAGAGAGAAAAAUAUAAGGAUGGAAAAAACGAAAAGCCUAAACUGGCAGAAAUAGUCUCUUUGUCUGUUGGAGGUACACCAAGGCAGCAGGAAACAUUCAAGAGCCCGGAGGAGAGCAAGGUAAAGGUAGCCAACAGGCAAUCAAGCAUAUGCCCUUGGGAUGAUGAAGACGUCCCAAUCAGCCCACAGAAGAAGAGUCCAAGCAAAGUAUUUGAGGUAUGUCCUUGGGAGACGAGCGAAGAUGGCACCAUGCUAGGCAGAGCAAGCAGCACAGACGCAGCGGCUCCCAAAAGCACUGGAAAGAUCUCCCCUAUCAAGGUGGGAAAGGCCAAGAGUCAGCAGGAAUCCAUGCAGAGGAGCCUAGACACUGAUCAAAACACAGAGAAUAAAACCUCCAAGGAUGCUCUAAUGGUUCCAAAGACAGACAAGAAGAAGGCAGCAACAUAUCCUUGGGAAGUGGCAGAGGCCAUAGCCAGCACUAAAAGUGAUGGACAGUCCUGGGAAAUGAGCACAGCUUUGCCCGGGGAUGAAUCGAGUCCAAAUCUAUCUGAAAUAGACCAGAAGAAACCCAAGAGAAUAGAGAUCAAUAAGACACAAGUUUGUCCUUGGGAAACAGAAGCCCGCAUCAGUGAUAAAGAACAAGUCUGCCCUUGGGACAUGGAGGAACCUCCAAUGAAGAUGUUGUCUGUGGAAGACAAUGGAGGGUUUUCCAAAGAGGAGAAGAGCAGCACUCCACAAACAGCAGUAAGGGAGAAAAUCAGCCACCAAGUGGAUUCCAUUUGUCCCUGGGAGUCCAUGGAACUACCACCAAAAACAGAUGCUAGGAAAUCCAAAGAGGAAACAAACAUCAGAAUAGUGAUAUGUCCUUGGGAUACAGGUGUCCCAGAAGAACCAAAUCAGGAUCCAGGACAGGAAUCCAAAGGGGCUGAAAGGAUAACACCUGGAAGUCCCGUAUCAGAAGAGAUCAAAGACAUUCCAUCUAGAAAAUGGGAUCGAGAGGGCAGCUUUCGAACUUCUGUUUGCCCCUGGGAAGAUGUAGGGGCUGAAGAGCCUAACAUAAAAAUUGCUGCUAAAAUAACAGACCUACCCAAAGUCAUUUUGAAGACAUGCAGCAGUGAGGAGAGUAAAAAGGCAACGGUUUGUCCUUGGGAAGCUGCGGAUAUUGAAAUUAGCUCAAAGGCAGCCAUCUGCCCCGGGGAUGUGACUCUGGCUUCAUCAGAUAAAAGGACUUCAGUACACGAUCGGGGUGGAGCAUCAAAAAGGACAGGAGACAUCAUGGCUACAACCGCAGAGAUGGUGAGCAGCCCACGAGAAUCCAUCUGUCCUUGGGAAACUAUGGACACUCACAACAUUCCAUCAGAGACUGGUGCUAAAAGUCUAGACCAAUCUAAAGUUGACUGCAAAGAAUCCCAUAGCACUGAGAACUUCAAGGCAGAAGUGUGUCCUUGGGAAAUUCAGGAAGCAGAAUCCAGCACUAAGGCAGAUGUGUGCCCAUGGGAGGAGCCUGAAAGCUCACAGAGUAAAAGAUCAUCCUCAAAAGGUGGCAGAGCUCUUGAAAGGGGUAGGACUACCCCUCUGAAAGAAACAGAGCCUUCCAAAGCAACAGAGAAAGUGAGUGGUCCACGAGAGUCAGUCUGCCCAUGGGAAAAUGUAAAUCUCAAUGAAACCUUUGUUAAACCUGAAGUGUCUGAAACCCCUUCUAAGAAAACUGAGAGUGCUGAUAGUUUAAGGGCAGAGAUUUGCCCAUGGGAAAUCACUGAAAGCCUACCAAAUAUAAGCGCUUUGAGUACAAGUGACCAAGAAAGGAGGUGUACCGUGCUAAAGCCUCUGGAAAAGCUGAGCAGCCCACAAGAAGAAGUCUGUCCUUGGGAAAGCACGGAGCUUGAGGAAUCGUCUAUGCGUUUGGGUGCUCAAAGCCCAGCCUCAAAGAAAUCAGAUAGCAUCGAAAGUCUAAGGGCUGUGGUUUGUCCAUGGGAAACCUCAGAAGAGGACCUCAGCAUGGUAGACGUGCACCCAUGGGCAACAGAGGAUGCACCAUUUGAAAAAAAUGAGACAAGGCAAGACCCAGUUGGGGCUUCCAAACAGAAAACAGACAGGGCACUAAGAAGUCCAGGUGCAAAGAAAGUUGGGGGAGAAUUUGCAUUUAAGAAAAUAGAGAAGUCCAAGAGCCACCAAGAGAGAGUUUGCUCCUGGGGGAGUAUGGAUUUUGAGAAAUCACCUACCAAAAGCACCCGAAGUCUAGAUCUGUUGCUCAUUGGUUACAAAAAAUACGACAGUGUUGAGAGCCUAAAAGCAGAGAUUUGCCCAUGGGAAUUCCAGGAGAUUCAUACUAGAGCUGAAAUAUGUCCAUGGGAGGAGUAUGAAGGACCACCAGAGGGAGAUGCCUUAAGAAAGGAUAAAGACAGGUUUUCUAAAGAUGAAACAAAUACCAGACCAAUGGGAUGGUGGAAGGCCAAGGAGAAAGUGGGCAGCCCGCAAGAAUCCAUUUCUCCUUGGGAUAGCAUAGAACUACUGAGCAGCAAAAGUCCAAACCAGUCCAAAGCUGGUUCUAGCAAAUCUGACAGUGUUGAAAGCUUGAGAGUAGAGGUAUGUCCUUGGGAGGUAGAGGAAGAGGAAUCUAGCAAUAGGAUGCAUCCCUCAAAAAAAGAGCCAAUGCUAAUCACUAAAGUGAUAUUAAAACGAGACAGAAGUGGAGCUUUGAAAGGCAAAAGACUGACCAGUCCAGAUUGGAAGAAUGUUGGAGAACCAAGCACUUCUAAAAAGAUAGAGAAGGCUCACAGCCAUCAAGAGUUAGCUUACAAAAGUACUGAAGAACUCUCAAUUAAAAAAAGCAGUAAAAGCUUUGAUCUGUCCAAGGUUGCAUCCCAAAAAUCUGACAGCACUGAAAGCCUGAGAGCAGAAGUCUGCCCAUGGGAAUCCCAGGAGUUUGAAUUGAUCACCAAAACGGAAGCAUUUCCCUGGGAGGUGGCUGGCGUUCCCUUAGAGAAGAGGCUAUCGAGGAAGGUUGUUAGCAGGGCUUUCCAGGGGGAUACCAAAGAGGUGACAAAAAGCUCCGGAGAUCUAUCCAAAGGUGCAGAAGACUUGGCAUCAAGCAAUUCAGCCAGCACUUCAAUAAAAAAAUCUGACAGCAGGAGAGAAAUUUGCCCUUGGGAAACAGAACCCCCUGAAGUAUCCAUUAAAGAGAUUAGCCAAUGGGAAACAGGAACUGUGUUAGUCACCGAGACCGAAAAACAGGCAACCUGCACUGGUAAGACAGCGGUAUCACCAGUAUGUGAGAAAAGAUCCCAAAGCAAACACGAGGGGUUUGCCAGACACAAACCUCUGUGCCGCACCUACCCUGAGAGCAUGCUACCAAAAGGCUUAAGCAAAGGCAGUGGCACACAGACAGCAGCAAAAACGGGAAGUGACAGUGCCAUAGCUGACAUCUGUCCUUGGGAAGACCCUGCCGCUAUCAGGAAGGACUCCGCCGCGAUCAGCAAAGCUUUCUCAGAGGCAUCUCUGUGGGAGGCAAGAGACAGUGGUUCUGCUUCAGCCAAAGACCAAACAGGCAGGAAGCCCCAGCCUGAUGAGGCAAGGAAUCCUAGGGAAGUGCGAUCAGUUAUCUGUCCUUGGGACUGUGACUGAACUGGCAAGAACAAAGAAGUUGCUUCACAGCUUAAGAAAGGAUGUUGCUAAAUGACCGCUCCGCACGCCGUGUAAAC